AACAGUUUUCAUUCGUUCUUCGUGCGGAUCUGUUCGAUUAGUAGGGCAGCAUGUGGACUACAGUCGGCCUGCUCUUGUGCGCUGUUCACGUUGCCUUUGCCGUGGUAUAUUUGUACUUGACCUGGCACCACAAGUACUGGGAGAAGCGGGGGGUGGUGACAGCGAAGCCCCUGACCAUUCUGGGCUCAUAUCCGGGUGUUUUAGCUGACAAAAGCCGCAGCCUCAUACUCGACGUAGAGGAGGUGUACAACAAGUAUAAAGCACAGCACCGAGCUGUGGGAACCUUCCUCACACGCCAACCCCAACUGCUGGUGCUGGACCCGGCACUGGCCCAUGAAGUCCUGGUGAAUAAGUUCAGUGACUUUCGGGACACCAUAACCAGCAGCUAUGUGGGUCACAAUCCCGAUGAUAAGUUCGUGCAGGGAUCUCCGUUCUUUAGCGCCGGAGAUGAAUGGAAGAAAAAGCGUACUGAGAACGGGGGCGGACUCACUCAGAAUAGACUGAAGAUGGCCUUUACGAUCUGGGAGCAGAGUGGGAAGAAACUGAUCGAAUACAUCGAGCGGGCGAGACAAGAGAAGGGCGACGUCAUCGAGACCAAAGAUCUCGCCUAUCGCUUCACGGCUAACACGAUGGCCGACUUUAUUUGGGGAAUUGACGCGGGCUCCCUCACCGGCGCCGUUGGAGAAAUAGGUCACUUUCAGAAGACAUCCACGGACUGGACCUUCAAUGCCUUCAAGUCCAUAAUCAAGUUCAACAAGUCCUUGGUGGCCCCAUUCCUGCGCAAGAUGCUGCAGAUGCGGUUCUUUACCAAGGCGUCGGAUGAGUUCUAUCUGCAGCUCACCCGGGAUGCUCUUAAGCUGCGCCAGAGUGGCAGUGGGUCGGAGCGGACGGACUACCUGUCUCAUCUGAUUCAGCUCCAGCAGCGGGGCAACUCCAUCACGGAUACGGUGGGCCAUGCCCUGUCCGUUCUCUUGGACGGCUACGAAACCUCCGGAGCCGUUCUCUAUCACAUGCUUUACACGCUGAGCGAGCACCACGAUGAGCAGGAAAAACUACGUUCGGAACUUAUGGAGGCUCUGGAUUCCGAAGGGCAUAUAAGCUACGAGCAGUUGAGCACCCUGCCCUAUCUGGAUCAGUGCUUAAAUGAGUCUCUACGCCUGACCACACCCAUUGGCUUCUUCAUGAGGAUAUGCACGAAGCCCACUCAACUCGAUUUGGGCAAUGGCAAAGUGCUGGAUAUGGAGCCUGGCACUAGUGUUAUGGUUCCCGCCUACCAAUUUCAUCACGACGACGCUUUCUAUCCGGAAGCAGCUAAAUUCCAGCCGGAUCGCUUCUACAAUGGUGCGGCGACUGUCUUGACCAAGCGAGGCUGCUUCCUGCCCUUUGGUGAUGGUCCUCGCAUUUGCGUAGGUAUGCGUGUCGGGCAACUGAGCGUUAAAACGGCCAUCCUGCACAUCCUCUCCCAGUACCGGGUUGAACAGACCAAAAAGGUGCCAGUGGGUGCAGACACCGGCCUAGGGAUAUUCCUUAAUGGUGAUGUCGAGCUGAAAUAUACAAAAUUGCAAAAAUAAAAAAGAGAUGCUGUACAGAUGUGGCUACAAUA